CGAGUGACCAACACUCUCGUCGCACUACAAAAGAACUCUACAACCACAUAUCAAAAUGGCCAAGAGCAGCAGAUCGAGCACCAAGAAGGCCAACAACAGACGUCUGGCCAGCGCCGUCUUCACGCCUGCUGAGGAGGCCCGAGCUGAGCGCCUCUCUGCCAAGUUGCUAGAGCUUGCCAAAGCACCCAAGCCUGAGCCUGUCAGCUCUACAUUGGAGGAUGGCGCAGAUGAGGACAAGCUGGAAGAAACAGCUAUGGAAGUCGAUGCCCCGAGACCAGCACGCAAGCGAAUUGACAAGAGAAAGCAAAAGCGAUCCAGCAUUGUUUUCCAGAAAUAUAGCGAUAGACUCAAGGCCAAGAAGAAGCAGGUUGUAAAGGCCAAGGCGGCUAAGGCGUAAAGUCGAUGUUACAUAACGAAGGCGCUUUUGUUUUUUGUAGGCGAAUGUCCAUGUUGUUUUACUGUUGCUUUUGGUACAAGGGUUAGGACUCGGGUCACAAUUUUCAAAUAUUCAAAACAAGAAAUAUAUCAAUUCUCUCUUAUUCAGUGUUGGCCUGCAUAGUAUAUAGUACUGUUAGUUCACUAAUGCCAGUAAUUGGACUGUGGCGCACGCACUUGUCUCCGC